AUGUCUUGCGCAGACAACUCGGGUGCUCGCAAUCUCUACAUCAUUUCAGUCAAGGGCAUCGGUGCUCGAUUGAACAGAUUACCCGCCGCCGGUGUCGGAGAUAUGGUCAUGGCCACGGUCAAGAAAGGAAAGCCAGAGUUGAGAAAGAAAGUCAUGCCCGCUGUCGUGGUCAGACAAUCAAAACCUUGGAGACGGCCGGACGGAAUCUACCUCUAUUUCGAAGACAACGCUGGCGUCAUCGUAAACCCGAAAGGCGAAAUGAAGGGCAGCGCUAUCACGGGACCGGUCGGAAAGGAGGCGGCUGAGCUGUGGCCCAGAAUUGCGAGCAACAGUGGUGUGGUGAUGUAA